CGGGCCGGGGCCGGGGCCGGUCCCCCUCCCCGUGUCAACACGCGGGGCACGGGGCGCCUGCGCUGGCCCGUGCGCGUCUUUUCCUCUCAUGCGCGGUAUUUGCUUCCCCAGCAGGGCUCGGGGCCCGGCCUAGCGGCGGCGGCGGCAGCACCCGCGGGCCGGGGCGGGGGAAGGGGCAGCGGCGCCCCCCGCGGCUCCGCGCCUGCCGGCGCCAGGCGGGGGGGGUGCUGCCCCGGCCCCCCCCCCCCCCCCCGCGGCGGAGGAUGGCCGAGGAGUCGCCCAAGCGGCGCAAGGCGAAUUUCAACGAGGCGGAGACGGAAGUGCUGAUCGAGCAGGUGCUGAAGCACGAGCAGCUGCUGUUCGCGGCGGGGCCGGGCCGCGCCUCCCCGGGCCAGAAGCGGAAGGUGUGGGAGCUGAUCCGGCACAAGGUGAACCCGGUGGCCGCCUGCCCCCGCGACGUGGAGGACUUGAAGAAGCGCUGGCGGGACCUGAAGCGCCGCGACCGCAGCAAGCUCUGCCGCCUCUCGCAGGGCUGCGGGCCGCCGGGUCCCGCCGCCCUCGGCCUCCUCCUGGCCCCCGAGGAGAUGUCGCCCGCCGCCGCGCCGCCCGGCCGCCGCCACCACCUCCACCACCACCACCACCACCACCAUCACCACCACCGCGCCUACGCCUCCCUGCUGCCUGCCGAGGCCGUGCCCAUCGUGGGCGGCAUCGACACGCUGGAGCUGCCCGGCGCCGUCGUGGGGGAGAUGGGGUUUAAUGACAAUCCCGGCCCAUCUCAUCAAUCCGGUCUUGAGAAGAUGAACCUCAAAGAAGAAAUAGUAGUGAAGGUGGUAGAGCCAGAAGAAAGCUCUGAGGACAUGGCAGUGGUUCCACCUAGCCAAGAACAACUACCUUUUCUGGGGACAUCAGGCGGUGGUUCCUCUGGGAAAGUAAAAGCCAAAACAAAAGGCAGGUCCCAGGCAGACCAAAAUGAAAUAACUGAAGAGGACCUCGUGCAGAUUCAGCAGACCCAGAUGCAGGUGAUCCAGUCUGGCUUUGACAGUGUCAACCACAAUCUUCGGCUGCUGCAGCAAGGCAUGCAAGAGCUGAGUAACAGCCUCAGCAUCAUGGCGCAUACGCUUGUUGCUAUCAAAAACGUCUACGUGAAAAACAACACUGGCCCGACCACGUAUGCCACCACCUCUACUCAGACCACAGCUGGGUACCUGAGCCCGGGUUCCCCCCAGGUCUCCCCCGCUGAGGACAGAGGUAGAGCGCAGGUGGCUGGAAGCAGCAGCAGAAGCAGCAGCUGCAGCUCCAGCUCCAUGUCACAAGAACCAGGUCCUUCCGAAUUUCCUAGGCCCCCCCUGAGAACCAUUAAGAAAGAACAUCCAAAUGGCUGCUACUACUUCUGCUUUGCAGAUGUGUGAAAACUUGAAUAUAUGUAAAGUGACUGUGGUGUUAGGUGCUGUUGUAUGUUAUGCUCCGGCUUGUGACUUCAAAGGAGCAAAGUGGACUUGCCUCCCACAUUUUUCCCAGUGGGAAACAUUUCGCUAUAGGUGGCAUUAAACACUAAUUACCAGUCUCCUGUUUGUUAACUCUGUUGCAGUUGGCUAAUAAUUUUCUUCCGUUCUCUUUAUCCUCUUACUCUCUUAAAAACAAACAAACAAACAAACAGAUUUAUUUUGACUAAGACUCUUGUCUGUAUCAUCCUUUGUUUUAUGUGACCUUUUGAAAAAUAAAAGGCAUGAGAGUUGGGUAAAAAAGUAAGUAACAUUGUCGUUGGUGACCAGCAGGAGCUAUCUUACACGAGUUGCGCAGUUUUUUGAUUAAACAAACGUCAGAAGUAGUUGUUUUUUUUAAGUACUUGCUUUUUCUGAUUAUAGUGUUGGGGGUGUUUGCUUGGUUGUUGUUGGUUGGGGUUUUUUUAAGCGAGUCUGAGCUGUGCAAGGCAUCGCAGGAAGAGUUCGACAUACCUGCUUAACUCUAGGAAUGGUUUAGGACUGAGCUGUUGAUUCAUGAAUGUACUCCUCAGAAUUCACGCAGCAUUGCUCCACCUGGCUAUUGUUCAUUCCCAGCUUGUCAAAUGCACCUUUUCCUCAAAGGCAUUUUGUUUUACUGGACUAGCAGGGUAGGCUCUUUCUUGUCACAUGACUAAAGCAGAGAAAUACAGCAAAAAAUAGUAAUUGAUGAGUGAUGCCUGGUUUUGACAUGGAAUAAUUUUUCCCCAUAUGGUUUAUAAGCAGGCCGUAUCUUCCAACAGAUUUUGCAAGCCUUCUGGAAUCAAUACCACAACAUUUGAAAUACAGAGAGCAAAAAAGUUUCCGUAUUGUUUUACAUGAAACAGAAGUUAGAUUUGCUGUUAAACAAAUUGCAGGAGGCAGGGGCUGACUUUGCUCCAGGCAGAACAAAUGCUCCUGCAUAGUUUAUGAAGCUUUCAUUUUCACCUAUCAGAGAGAUGAAUAAAAUCUUCCAUUCUCUUGACUAUAUAUCCAAGGAAGAAGAAAGAGGAGUUGGAGCAAAAAGUAACCUGUUAAGUGUCAACUCAGUAACAAGCACAAAGGAAUCAUUUUAUCCUAAUGUGAAAAAGAAAAAUCUCCUUUUCACAUUCAGAUAGGAGAAAACUAUUGUCACUGGCACUAUUCUUAAGAUGUGUUUAAGGCUGGUAUGUCUAAGGCUUAUACAUUAGAAUUGCUUUACUUUGCACAGUUCAAAACUAGCAGCGGUGCUGUGUUCAUACAUCCAGUGUCCAUACUGGAGGGGAAAUAAAAACCCUCUCACCUGCAAUUUUAUCCGAUGACCUGAAAAAUCAUGCACGUCCUCUUCUUAAGCAUUUAUCACCGAUAUUAAAAUUCUACAGAUAAAUUUGGCCUAUAGCAAUGACUAGCUGCCUCUAGUUUUCCAGUCAUUUUGCACAAGCAUUCCCGCUGCAAGAAUUCAGCAAAUACAAAUGACGUAGAGAAUGGCAAUGCAAUUGUCCCUCUCCUAGCAGCAUAAGAACAUGUAAUCAUAGGGUAAGAUACAUCAUUUUUGCAGUCAGCUUUGGCAGAGCACUAUACCAUAUGAAAAUGUACUUUUAAGUACUUUCUUUUACUUCUGCCCUUACACCAUUAUGGCGUACCGAUCACACACACCCCCCCCUCAAAAACUGACAGCUGCCACCUAAUAAAACGUGAACUAGUCAACGUUGCUAUCAAGUGUUUCCCUUCGGUGUCAUAGGUAGAGCAAAACACGGAAAUAUCUCACAAAAUUAACACAUAAACACGUACAGCACAUUGCUAAUUGGGAUUAAUGCUUUGAAGAAGAGGAGGUUCUCAUUUUCAGGCUUACCGUAACAAAAGGAGAUGGUGUGGGUGACAGGUAUCACUACCGUAUUCAUAAAUUGCUGGUUUUAAAAAUGGGGAAAGGACUAAUACUAAAUCUGAUUUUUGAGUCUAUGUUGUUAAAAGCUUUCCAAACUAACCGGUUGGAAGCAUUAUUUCUCCCCCAUUAGUACAGAUGGGCUCUCUCGAGCAGUGUUUUCUGUAACUGAAGAAGGUACCCUUCAAUUUCUAUUUUGUUCUCAUGGACAAAGAAGCCAAUUAAUGCUACCGUGACAUUCCAGGUAGAUUAGCAAAACGUGAUCUAAAGUUUCCCUGGUCCUCUUGGGCAGCAGUUUGAGCUUGUCCAGGUUGCAACAGCCAAUUCUUACCUGUCUGACUUUCUUGCAAUGUUUCAGUUCUUUCUCCAGUUGUUAAUUCUUGAAUUUCACUUACUACAGCAUUUCUAGGCCAAAGGGGACAGAUGUGCGGUCAUUUGUCUUAAACAUUUCUUGGUACAGAGGAAACCACAAGACGACAAGAACCCACAGCCUGGUGCAAUCCCUGGCGCGAUCUCUAUGGUGCAGGCACAAUGAAAGAUCAACUGGCGGUCACGGCACUUAGUGGGGGCACCCGACAACUGACAACCCCCUAAGAACACAUCUGCAUGCACAGUGGACUGGAGACAUCACACGAUCAUCAUGUGGGUACCAAAGUCUAUGUGGCAAACGUGCCGUUGCCUUGACUCGGACUGUAUAAAAUGGUACCAUCAGGAGCUGGGGGGGCCCCCCACCACCAUGACACCAAUAAUCAAGAGGACCAACAGGACGCCGCUAGAUCCAUGGGUGGUGAUAUCUUCUUUGUCUGUCUCUGUCCCUGUCCCUCUCUCUCUCCUCCUCUCUUUAUCAAGUUGUGAAAGACAUGUGGCAGGGGACUUGUCUAGUUGAGUUGUCCAGUUAAGUAGUUGCCAUUGAGUUAUUGCAUCUAACCUCAUGCCUUGUAUUUUGUAUUAAUAAAUUGUUAAACUGG